UCCCGCCGUCCCGCCGCCCACUCGGCGGGCGCGCCUCUCCGCAGUCCAGAGCCGCCGGGCCCGGGACCCGCUCGUGCGAGCGCGCAGACUUCUCGGCCGGACCGAGGACGCCGCCCGCUCCGGCCGCCCGUGCGCUCGCCUUCCGCGCCCGCUCGGCCCCCCGCCCCCGCCCCGCGCCGCACCUCCCCGGCGUCCGAGCGCACAGCUCCCGCCCCGGGAGCCUCCGGCCGUCCGGACCCCGCCGCCCCGCCGCCGGCGCGCUCUGCGCCCCGCUCGCCGGGCACCGGGAGGGCGGUGUCGGCUGAGGAUGGGCGGCCCGGCGGCGCGGAGGGGCGCCGGGGGGCUCCGCGCGCUGCUCCUGGCGCUGGUGGCCGCGGGAACCCCCGCCGGCGCCUACAACCUGGACCCGCAGCGCCCCGUGCGCUUCCAGGGCACCGCCGGCUCCUUCUUCGGGUACGCGGUGCUGGAGCACGUCCACGACAACACGCGCUGGAUCCUUGUGGGCGCACCAAAGGCCGAGUCCAAGUACAGCACGUCAGUGAAGUCCCCGGGGGCUGUGUUUAAGUGCCGCAUCCAUACCAACCCCGACCGGAGAUGCACUGAACUGGAUAUGGCUCGAGGGAACCAUCGAGGAACAUCCUGCGGAAAGACCUGCCGGGAAGACCGGGAUGAUGAGUGGAUGGGGGUGAGCCUGGCCCGGCAGCCCAGGGCCGAUGGCCGAGUUCUGGCCUGUGCCCACCGCUGGAAGAACAUCUUCUACGAAACAGACCACAUCCUGCCCCACGGCUUCUGUUAUAUCAUCCCGUCCAACCUCCAGGCCAAAGGCAGGACGCUGAUCCCUUGCUAUGAAGAGUAUAAGAAGAAGUACGGAGAAGAACACGGCUCCUGCCAGGCUGGGAUCGCAGGCUUCUUCACCGAGGAGCUGGUGGUGAUGGGCGCCCCGGGGUCGUUUUAUUGGGCUGGGACGGUCAAGGUGCUGAACCUGACGGACAACACCUACUUCAAGCUGAAUGACGAAGCGAUCAUGAACAGGCGGUACACUUACCUGGGCUAUGCGGUUACCGCCGGCCACUUCUCUCAUCCGUCCACCACCGAUGUGGUAGGAGGCGCCCCCCAGGAUGAAGGCAUUGGGAAGGUUUAUAUUUUUCGAGCUGACCGAAGAUCAGGCACCUUAAUUAAGAUUUUUCAGGCAUCAGGUAAAAAGAUGGGCUCUUACUUCGGCUCCUCCUUAUGCGCAGUUGACCUGAACGCGGACGGCCUCUCCGACCUGCUGGUGGGGGCCCCCAUGUUUUCUGAGAUCAGGGACGAGGGGCAGGUCACCGUCUACAUCAACAGAGGAAAUGGAGCCCUGGAGGAGCAGCUGGCCCUGAGCGGGGAUGGCGCCUACAACGCACACUUUGGGGAGAGCAUCGCCAGCUUGGGGGACCUUGACGACGACGGGUUCCCAGACGUGGCCGUCGGCGCGCCCAUGGAGGACGACUUCUCGGGCGCCGUCUACAUCUACCACGGGGACGCCGACGGGAUAGUCCCUCAGUACUCGAUGAAACUGUCCGGGCGGAAGAUCAGCCCAGUCCUGCGGAUGUUCGGGCAGUCCAUGUCAGGAGGCAUCGACAUGGAUGGGAACGGCUAUCCCGAUGUAACUAUUGGAGCCUUCAUGUCCGACAGCGUGGUUCUUCUAAGGGCGAGACCGGUCAUCACGGUGGACGUCUCCAUCUUCCUCCCCGUCUCCAUCAACAUCACGGCGCCCCAGUGUCGCGACGGACAGCAGCCCGUGAACUGCCUGAAUGUCACCGCCUGCUUUCGCUUCCGCGGCAGGCACGUGCCCGGAGAAAUCGGCCUGAAUUACAUUCUGACGGCGGAUGUGGCGAAAAAGGAAAAGAGCCAGCUGCCCCGGGUCUACUUUGUGCUGCUGGGAGAGACCGUGGGCCAGGUCUCGGAGAAGCUGCAUCUGGCGCACAUGGAGGAGACGUGUCAUCACUACGUGGCGCACGUGAAGCGGAGGGUGCAGGACGUCAUCAGCCCCAUCGUGUUCGAAGCCGCCUACAGCCUGGGGCCGCAUGUGAGCGGAGAGGAGGAGCGGGAACUGCCGGCUCUGACACCCGUGCUGCGCUGGAAGAAGGGACAGAAGAUCGCCCAGAAGAACCAGACCGUUUUUGAAAGGAAUUGCCGUUCGGAGGACUGUGCCGCUGACCUGCAGCUUCAGGGCCAAUUGUUGCUGUCCAGCAUUGAUGAGAAAACCCCCUAUCUGGCUUUGGGGGCUGUGAAGAAUAUCUCCAUAAACAUCUCCAUCUCCAACCUUGGCGACGAUGCCUAUGAUGCCAACGUGUCCUUCAAUGUUUCCCGGGAGCUCUUCUUCAUCAACAUCUGGCAGAAGGAGGAAAUGGGCAUUUCCUGUGAACUGCUGGAAUCGGACUUCCUCAAAUGCAGCGUGGGAUUCCCUUUCAUGAGGUCCAAGUCGAAGUAUGAAUUCAGCGUCAUCUUUGAUACGAGCCAUCUGUCUGGAGAAGAAGAAGUUCUCAGCUUCAUCAUUACUGCUCAGAGCGGCAACACGGAGCGCUCCGAGUCCCUGCACGACAACACCCUCACGCUGAUGGUGCCGCUGGUGCACGAAGUGGACACGUCCAUCACGGGAAUCGUGUCUCCAACCUCCUUUGUGUACGGCGAGUCUGUGGCCGCGGCCAACUUCAUUCAGCUGGAGGACCUGCCGUGUCACUUCCAGCCCCUCAACGUCACCCUUCAGGUCUAUAACACCGGGCCAAGCACCCUUCCCGGGGCAUCCGUCAGCAUCUCUCUCCCUAAUCGACUGUCACCUGGAGGCGCAGAGAUGUUUCACGUCCAGGAGGUGGUGGUGGGCCAGGAGAAGGGAAACUGUUCCUUCCAAAAGAACCCGACCCCCUGCAUCAUCCCCCAGGAACAAGAAAAUAUCUUCCACACUAUCUUUGCUUUCUUCACAAAGUCUGGAAGAAAAGUCUUGGACUGUGAAAAACCAGGAAUCACUUGCCUAACAAUGCACUGUAACCUGAGCGCCCUUGCUAGAGAAGAAAGCCGUGCUAUCGACAUCUACAUGCUGCUGAACACAGAGAUAUUGAAGAAGGACAGUUCGUCUGUCAUCCAGUUCAUGACCCGGGCCAAGGUGAAAGUGGACCCUGCCCUGAGGGUGGUGGAGAUCGCCACCGGGAACCCAGAGGAGAUGAUGGUGGUGUUCGAGGCCUUGCACAACCUGGAACCCCGUGGCUACGUCGUGGGGUGGAUCAUCGCCAUCAGUUUGCUGGUGGGGAUCCUCAUCUUCCUGCUGCUGGCCGUGCUGCUCUGGAAGAUGGGCUUCUUUCGCCGAAGGUACAAAGAAAUUAUUGAAGCCGAGAAGAACCGGAAAGAGAACGAAGACAAUUGGGACUGGGUCCAGAAAAACCAGUGACCUGCCCCACCAGUCACAUGACCCACUCAUGUCACCUGUCAUCCUUGACCUUUGUAUCUUCCAUAUUUGGAAGAAAGAAUGUUCUCCAGAUUUUUCGGAGGCCCCACUGAUGCUGUUCUCGUCUUCAUUCUAUCCAGCCCAGGUGCCAACCGGAGGCUGCCACUUCGGCCAGGUCACGUGACUGGAGCCCACCACUUCCUUUUUAAAGAUGAACUCUGAACUUUGGAAAGCAAGCUACAGAGCCGAGCAAUAUUUAUGGAUGCAACGUGCAUGGCCAACCCUCAGGGGAAAACUGUUACCUAAAAGUAUUUUUAUAAAUAUAAGCCUUUUAUACUGAUUAUGUCUUUAUAUUUGUAUCGAUGUUUUAUUAUUUCUAUUAAAUAGUUAUAUAAUUCACUCAAGCACUGAUAUCUGGCCUGGAAACACAUGUACAUUCGUACAAAUUUUAAAGGAUAAAAAUCUUACUGUUCUUUGGAACUUGCUGUGACAACAGACUUGCCGAUCAAAUCAUGGGAAGAAACCUCGUGUCAUGAAUCCACCAAGCUUGCGGCUCUGCAUAUAAACUGUGAUUGUGGCCGGACCCCCAAGGCAACUUUCACGACUGUCUUGCCUGGAGUCAAGUUUGACGUUAAUGGGCUAAAGAACUAUAACUAUUUUCUCAUGCGUACCUUUCAUUGGAAGAUUCCCAACAGGAAUUGGGAUGGAAAACCUGAUUCCCAGCAGCAAGCCUGCUCUGCAGCCCCAGCAGGCAUCUCACCCUCCUUCCACUGGAUUAAUAGGCAAAUUGGAGCAACGCCAGCCAGUCAUCUGGUAAACCUCAGAAUGGCAUCACAUUCUGGACGUUGUACAUCAGAGUCUGUGCACCACAAGGACUCGAUCAGUGCCCCUCCCCUCAACAGAGACUUGUGUUGGAUGCUGUGCUGUGUUGCCUUUGCGGGGUCCUUUGAGUUCAGAGGUCUCCGGUUCCCUAUCACUUUUGCUGAUGGUAAUUGCAGAUUCCUUCCCAGAGAUGACUGUUCAACCUGUUCUUAUUGUUUAAAAUAGUGUCUUUGGUGAGGUUCCCAAGAAGCAGGCCCCAAGACGAGGCUCUGCAUGCAAGUAACUAAUUAAGGAAGUGCUCCCUGGGGAACACCGGUAUGGGGGUGAGGGAAGCAGGGCGAGAGAGGAAGCCAGGGGAAGGUUCCAUGGAGGGUAGCGUCAGCCAGAUCCUGCAGGGGAGCUCUGGAGGGUAGGUUGCAUCUCAGGGUUGUCCCAACCUGAGGCAAGAUGGCUGAGCCUUCACACACUUGCACCUAAGGAAGAGGUAAACCUUCCAUUCCUGGUUCCUACUGGCAAAAUGGAUCCAUAGCUCAGGGGUAGUCCACUAAAUUAGAGCUGCAGGUGCACCCCGCCCCCCGCCCCACCUGGGGAGGCAUACAGAAACGGUGCAGCGGGAUCUGGGCAGAGCCCCAGCCUCCUCCCCUCCUCCCUGCAGGGUUGGAUGCUGAGUGAUGGCCUUUAAUAUCCAAGCUUUCUGUUUGACAGCGUUUACUAUUGGACGGGCUGGGCUGCCCAGUAUUGAGUGCAUUGUGGUUUUCUAAAAAGGGCACUGAGCCGGUGGCUGUAUCAUGCUCAGCACCGUACCCGGCGCCUUAGUGAACACUCAGUAACCGAUAGCAACGAUGGCUGCUGCUACCACUGCUGAACAACAAUCUGAUGAGAGAGAAAACAUGUGCUCAGAGCAGGGUCUGGCUGAGAGUCCUUCAUGGCUCCUGCUCAAGCCCCAGUCCAUACAGAUGGGCACCCGAUGGGAAUGAGACAAAAACAAGAUGAAGGACCUUUCGUAUAGGACCUUGUCUACUGGCAGCUAACAUGGUGGGGACUGUGGACACCACUGGAAAGACACAACUCAACUUCAGGGGAGAUAGGUUUUCUAGACAGUUGGCUAAUACUUGCAAACAUCGCAAAAGCUUUGGGUGCUGGGCAGCUACGAACCUGGCCUGGGACAUGUGUGUGUCUUUUCGUUUCUUCUUACGUAUCGACCCUGAUGCAGGAAGACAAUGACUGUAUCGUGAUGGCUAGGGGAACAGGCAGCAAAAGCCAGAGGGUCAAGAGUAUGUAUGAAGGAGGCUGAUCCAGAGUGAGGUUGGGGAUGUUGCAUCUAAGGGCUGGAGGCACAGAGGUAACCACAGGGCAGAUGGAGGCAGGGAAACCAGUUCUGGCACAGAGUUUGCCUAUGAGUUCUAUCAAGAGUAAUAAAAGCAGUCUUUAGUGGUUGUAGUCGCCCAUUUAGAGGAUAUUUAUGGGUCCCCUGCUUUGCGUCAAGCACUGUGCUAGGUUCUGGAAGCUCCCCAGAGAACACCACCACAGGCACUUUUUGCCUGCGGGGAGACACACCUCCUGCAAUGGAGUGUAGAGAGUGGAUUUUUUAUUUUUUAUUUUAUGAAACCCCAGUCACAGCUUCCCUUUGAUGGGCUUUUAUUCAUUGUGUCACGUUGUCCUUUAACAAAUGUCUUAAAAUUCUUGGGCGGUAGUCCUGGACCGGCUCCCUCGGGGGCUGGCCAAAUGCUUUUAUAGCCACUCCUGCAAGGGCUGCAGACACAUUUGGUGACAGUGUGGAAGGCAGAGGGAAAAGCCUCAAUCCCAUCGGGGUGGGCUCCUGGGGGCGGUGUCAGAACCGGAUCCAUUUGCUUCUGGAUGGCAGACCCGCCUGAGUAGUCACAGCUCCAGGAGGUCACUGAAACUUCAUGAGGCAGUUUUAAGAAAAUCAUACUCGGCAUCAGCAGGAGCCAAGACCAGCAGCCACUGCAGGAACCUGUGUGGGAGGGACGGUGCCUCUGCUUGUCUGGUCGCGCUGAGGAGCAGGCGGGGCACAGCAAUGGCAGGAGUCCCCACGUGGCUAGCGCUCUCAGCUCCACCCCAGGUCAGGAGCCCUCACUAGGCUCCUCAUUGUCGUGUCUGUGUUACUUCUCCAGAAUAUUCUCUUACAGUUCCACAGUGAACUCCAAUUUCUACCCUUCCCGUUUCGUUGGGUUCACUGUGGAAUCUGCUAAGACAGCAAUUUUCAACAGGUGUCCCUUCAAAAAUAUUUAAAACAUGCACGACGUGACUGUUCAGCAGGGAGCACUGGCCUCUUUUUUCUUAGAUUGUCAAAUCAAAAAAUGACAACAGCCGACACAGUAGCCUUCUGGGGUGAAUGAAUCCGAAUUGUGCCUUCUUUAUUGUUGGUAGCUCUGCAGAAAAGAUAAUAUGGGUUUUGGUGUGCUGCAGAAUUCUAGUAAUUAGUUUAUGUGUGCCACAAGAUGAAAAAGGUUGAAAAUCCCUGUUUUCACCAACUGUCAGAAGGAUUGGGAUAGUGAGGUGCUUUUUAAACAUGCAAAAGGGCCUUUGUAGAAAGAAACCGAAUAAAAGCAUGCCCCCCCCACCCCCCUUUCCAAAAACAAUUUGCUUGUGAUCCGUUUACCUGGGACUCAGGAGUCUCGGAACAUCCCCAAAGUGAGCCCGGGACUGUCGCAAAGAGGAGGCGGCGAAAUUCAGGAGCGGGGAGGCGCCAGAAGAAGUGAGUGGGCCCAUUGGCCGCAUGAUGACUGACAGGCACACAUCUGGAAUCACUUAGCACGGAGGUCACCGAGGCUUUCCCAGGCAGUUCUUCAGGAAAAUUCCACCGCCGGGGUAUUCUGAAAUCUGGUAAACAUUGUAGGCAAUCCAAUAGAAAGUCCUUCACCACAUCAUGUCCUUGAGCCAAAGGCCACGAGGUUAAAACAGAAAACCUGCAGGCCUCCCGGACACGUGAGGGGCCUGUUUUCCAUACGAAGCCUAGUGGAUCCCUCAGGGGAGGUGUGUCUUGUAAGCGGCCUGUUCAUGGCUGGCAGGAAUGUUGUAAGAGGUGAUUCUACUACUUUUACUUCUGGGAAGGCGUGAUGCCCAGGUGAGUGCAGUUCUGAGUAGGAUAGGCAUGAAACAUACAUCUGGUGAAAUCUACAUACAUCUGACUCAAACUGCCCUAAAGUACAGGCACUGGGAAGGCUUCUAAUUUGGGGGGAGAUGGCCCUUUCGCAGACAGAAAACGCUUGUCAUUUUUGGAAAUGCCCCAAUCUACGGGGUUUUCGACAAUGUUCUGUUCUGCGAUACAGAGCGGUAACAUACACAGUGGGGUGUAUUUUCUGAAAGAAUGGCCGAAGGGAGUGUCUUCUGAUUUUGAGCCCCUUGCGGGGAUAAUGAACGCAUUUCCCACGUGGCGCGAUGCUUUGUAGCACAGUGGUCUUGAUUUCAGACUUUGUUUAAGGUUUGGGGUUGUUUUAUUCUAAUGUGCACGGUGUGACUGGCAGAGUGAGUUUCAAGGCUUUAAGAGUGAUUAAUUGCAUGCAGGCACCCACGCUAACUUCACUUCUAGAACUUGACUGAUACCUUCAUGUACAUUUCUGUCGAGGAGUUUUGGCGGGAGGGGCGUUCCUCCUCCCAAAGUCACGUGUAUUUAAAGUCUACGCAGUCACUUCUAAUUCACUUGCACUGUUUGGGAAAUGCAGGUUUACAAAAGUACGUGUUUGGAAUAAAAGGAAAAAUGGCUGCAAAUGA